UAGUAAACUUUUUGUAAUUAAGGCAUAUAAAGAUGAAUCUGGAUUGUUUAUGUAGAACUAUGAAAAGUUUUCUCUUGGUGUUAAAAAAAAAUCUUAUGGUAUAGGGUUAGGAUUUUUAUUUCAAAAUAAAUGAUGUAGUCAUUUCAAGGCCAAAUUAAAAACAGAUGACUCAUUGUAAAUUCCAAUAGUUAAUUACUAAUGACUUGAAGAAGUCUGCUGAACAAUAGGCAUAGAGGUUUUUCUUUUUAAAGUUUUGAUAUUUAUUCUUUCUCUUCCUUUUGGCUCUACUAGAAUGAACAGAUAUAAACAGAAUUAAAAGCAUUUUACUGUAUGUUUGUUAUCAGCAUAUGUAGGAACAAAUGUUCUAGUACUUUGUGUUUAAGACAAAGUACAUUUACUUUUCAGUAUUCUCAAGUCUUUUAUAUUCUCAUGAGCUGGAACCACAAUUUUUAUUUGAAUUUGUUUCAUCUGUUUUACUUAAAUCAUGCCAUAAUUAAAAUAAUUAAAGCUUAUUCCAAUUAUUAAGUUAUAUUAUCUUUCUUAUUCUUUUUAAAGUUUAUGGUAUGUUGUUGAUUUUUUUGUUUAUUUGUUUUAGUGUUUGCUUUGCCUUAAUAAUUGGAAGCUGUGAUGUUGUGAAAUAAGUAUUUGAAAUUGGUGCUGUUGUGUGAUAGAUUUUUAUAUCUAUUACACAAUUUCAGGUUCUUCUGGUUUUUAAUUUAGAUUUUUAAUUUCUAAUUAUAAAUUUCAUUUAUAUUAAAAUAAAUUUCAUUUGUGUUUAGAACAUUUGUAUACUUUCCUCAGUAAAUCUGUGCCUAUCUAAUCCAAGUUAGAUUCAAGCCUAACUACAUGGCUUUGUAGAUGCCUUACUAUGGAUGGGGUACCCUGGUUACACAAAGGAUGCUCAAGUAUAAAUUAUACCCUUGGUCCAAUUGACAAAAAUUAAUCUAAUUUGUAUACUAGAAAUUCUCAACUUCCAUGAGUUUUAUAUCUUCAUGAGAAAAAGCUUUUAAAAUACAAGAUUACUGUCUUAAGUAUAUAUAUGUUUCAUUGUUAUUGUAGGACAAAUGCUUUGUAGGCAUUGACCUACUUAAUUCUUACAACUUCAAUGAAGUAGAUAUGAUAGCUAAGUAUUUUUUUAAUGUAACUAAUUUUAAUAGGCUAUGGAAAUUUUCAUUUUCCCCAUUAUAAAAUAGUUAAUUGUGGAUAUUUAACAUAAGAGAAAGUUGUCAGUUUGAGGUGAAAGAAACUGUUUAUUAUAGAAAAUGAUAAGGCAAUUAUGUGUGCAGCACAGUCCUACCUUUUGGUAGCUUACGUUGUGCUAUGGAUUAUGCACAAGUAAAUGGGCCUUUAUAAUGAAAUUCAACAAAUAUGAUCAGAGAAAAGUCAUUUUAAUAACUGUUCAUAUUUGGACAAGUAACUUUAAAUUAGAAGAAAAGUUAUUAUAAUACAAUGUAUGUGUUAAUGCUUGAGAAAAACAUUAGAAUGGUUCUGAACUGUUUUUGGAUCUUCCCAGAUAAAUGUUCACAUGCCAUAAUUUUGCAUAAACUUUAGGGUGUUUAUAGACUCUUUGAAGCUGAUCCAUGGAUCCCAGUUCAAGAAUUCUGAAACUGGAGAAAGAUUUACAUGAUGUACCAAUAACAUUCUCAAAAAAGGGCAUAUAUAUAUGAAAAUGAUCAAUAGAAGACUUCUUAACUGUAUACAGUUAAGAAUCUUUUGUUUAAUGAUUCAUGGCCUUCACAGACACACUGAAAUGCUGCAUGUGGGAAUUGCAUGUUUAGUCAUGUCACAUCAUCAUAUCACUAUUUUCACUUAACCAUGUUCAGUCAUGAACCAUAAACUGUACAUUGAGCCACAUUAGUAUGAACAAUUAGAAACCAGAAUUGAAACACACAUAUAACAUAAGUUAGGUUCAGUGUUCAGUAGUAUACAAAUUUAACCGAGUCAUCUUGUACUUAGAAAUUUGAUGAGUGAUUUUAAAUUUAUAAAAAAUUUAAAUUUACUGGCAAAGUUGGAAGUGAGGAUUUGGGGUAUAUUUCAGAUUUACGGUCACUUUCUUUGAGUUUUUGUUUUGUUUUGAGAAUGUAUUUCAGAAGUGCUAUUUUUUUUUAAUGAAGUUCAUACAAGUCUUGGAGGAAGAAGCCUGAUACAACCCUGUGUAAAACUGACUGCCCUAGAAUAUAAUACUUAGAAUCUUGUUAAGAAAAUUCAGAAUUCAUAGAAGUAUCCAUUUGUGAUCCCUACAAAUUGUAUGAUCACAUAAUGACUUGAAGUUGAGGCACUAAAACCACAGCCAAAAGGGCCUUCAUGGUCAAGCUCUCUUACUUUAUAUAGCUGAGGAAACUGAGCCUGGAUAGGUUGUAAUAGCAGUAGAAUUGGGCUUGAGCUAAAUCUCCUGAUACUCUGCUGUUCAUUAUAUUUCAUUCUGCCAUAUUUAAUGUAGGUGUUUGCCAUUUCUCUUGGUGACAUCUUUGACUUUAGCAUAGUUACAUUGCCCCAAUGCAGAAAUACUGUUUUCUUAAUUAUAACUUGUACAAAAGAUAUCAAUUCAUUGGCUUAAAAGAUAAAUCUAUUUUUUAGUGAGUAUAUGUAGUCAUUUUUUGGACAUAAGUGCCUAUAUGUAAGGAAAUAGACCCUUUUCCGCAGAUCUUGCAUUUGAAUACCCAAAGCAUGGAUAUUUUACCAUGGUUACUAGAUUUGACUUCUGCUUUUUAGCUCUUCUUUUACUUGAUGACCUUAAGACUGUUUGUGAUUUUUUUUUUUCUGUCAAAAUUCAGGAAUUUUUCAUGAUGCCAUUAAAACAAUUCUUCUCAUGUUACUUCCCUGCACCCCCAAAUUAAGUAGAGUCUUUAGUAAGACUCUUAAUUUCAUAAUUUUGUAGUAUUGAUAUUUUUUCCUUGUAGGAUUGGUGGUGAUCCUCAGGAAAUGGGGGAAGAGGCAGAGCAAAUAUUCAAAAGGAUUAGCAGAUUGUGGAAAAAAGGAGGAUUUGGACAGAAGGAACCUGUCGCAUAAAUUCUUAACUACUAAGCUUAUAGGAAAACUCCAAUAUUUAAAAUUUUAAACAAAGCUUUAUAGCAAGGAGUAAAUAAUGCUGAAAAAUUUGACUAUGUAAUGCAGUUUUUGAACAAGAUGGCUGGUAAUGAAUAUGUUGGAUUCAGUAAUGCAACGUUUCAAUCUGAAAGAGAAAGUGGAGAUCGAAAUUUUGCAAUAGGAUAUUACUUAAAAGAAAAGAAGUGUUUUCCAGAAGGCACAGACAUGGUUGGUAUAUUAGACUUCUAUUUCCAGCUGUGCUCCAUUGAAGUGACUUGUGAAUCAGCCAGUGUGAUGGCUGCCACAUUGGCUAAUGGUGGUUUCUGCCCAAUUACUGGUGAAAGAGUGCUGAGCCCUGAAGCAGUUCGAAAUACACUGAGUUUGAUGCAUUCCUGUGGCAUGUAUGACUUCUCAGGGCAGUUUGCUUUCCAUGUUGGUCUUCCUGCAAAAUCCGGAGUUGCUGGGGGCAUUCUUUUAGUUGUUCCCAAUGUCAUGGGCAUGAUGUGCUGGUCUCCUCCUCUGGACAAGAUGGGCAACAGUGUUAAGGGAAUUCACUUCUGUCAUGAUCUUGUUUCUCUGUGUAAUUUCCAUAACUAUGAUAAUUUGAGACACUUUGCAAAAAAACUUGAUCCUCGAAGAGAAGGUGGUGAUCAAAGGGUAAAGUCAGUCAUAAAUCUUUUAUUUGCUGCAUAUACUGGAGAUGUGUCUGCACUUCGAAGAUUUGCUUUGUCAGCUAUGGACAUGGAACAGCGGGACUAUGAUUCUAGAACAGCUCUACAUGUAGCUGCUGCAGAGGGUCACGUUGAAGUUGUUAAAUUUUUGCUGGAAGCCUGCAAAGUAAAUCCUUUCCCCAAGGACAGGUGGAAUAACACUCCUAUGGAUGAAGCACUGCACUUUGGACACCACGAUGUAUUUAAAAUCCUCCAAGAAUACCAAGUCCAGUACACACCUCAAGGAGAUUCUGACAACGGAAAGGAAAAUCAAACCGUCCAUAAGAAUCUUGAUGGAUUGUUAUAAUGGUCUUAAAUCCCAAGAUUUAAAUUACUUACCUAUUUAAUUGUGGAAAAUGAUUAUGAAGAACGUGUGUAUUUCUAUCUGGUAGUGAUGUAUAUUUUACAACAUUUGUCAUUUCAGUGUUACUGGAGUUUUCUUCAUUGUGCACACAGGACAAAUCUGAUCUCUUUGGGAAAAAAUAGAAAUAAAACAAUCUCCCUCCAUAAUGUGAGCAAUAUUUACCUCGUGCAUUGUAUAAUUUGAUGUAAAAGAAAUAGUUACCAAUGCUAGCUUAACUGUGUGGUCUUCAUGAUUUAUUUGUGUGUUUUGUGAAUUUUCAAUUUAUGGUGAUGAUCUGCUGAUAUGCAUUUAUAAAUUAAGCUCUGUUGUACAGUCUGUCCAAAUAGGUCAAAGCUGCCUUUAGAAACAAAUAUUGUGAGUUUCAUGACUUCAAAUAUAGAUUUAGUAUGAGUGUUUGAACAACUAUAUGCACUUACGGUUGUGUGUUUAAAAUGUGUCCCUCAUGCUAGUUUCAUGAUGUGACUCUUAAAAAAAUUAUAAUAGUUAACAACUGUUAGUUAGGAUAGACCAACUCUGAUUAGACUUUAUCAGGGAAUCUGUUUAAGAUAUGUUUGGUGACCAAAACAUGUGUGAAUGUAGUUACAAUACUUCUGAAAAAUAUUUCCUUUUUCUAUAUCCCCUUAGUCCAGCCUCUCUUCUCAGACAUUUAGCUAUCUGCCUCUUUCCUUUUGCUGGGAAAGUGAGUGCUGGCAAACUAUGCAGUCUGCAUGUUUUCCACAGUAAGUCAGAAAAUGCCUCCUGUUUCUGGCAUCAGAGCUAUAACUUUGCCAUUUGUCUACAGAAAAUGAACCAGAGACAAAAAUCACUAAGCUAAGUGUAAAUUAGUCAAACUUAUCAGUCUAAAAAAUGAAGAGAUGUGCUACUGUAGCUCUUUGAUAACAUUUUUUAGCUUCUAGGAUAAAGAGAAAUUCAGAAAUGCUCUAAGCUACCAAAGUUAUUCUGAUAGUAUGAGAACUGCUACAAAUAACAUUUGUUUUUAAGUCUGUCAUUAAAAGUCUGAAUCAAGAUAUCUGUCCUCCCUGGAGGAGACCAAAGGAUCACUCCAGAUUUCUUCUGAUUCUCUACUAUAUAAUUCUUGGUGGGCUCUUUUAAUAGUAAGAAAAGGCCAUUUCAUUUGAAAUUGUGACCCAUUAUUUCUUGGUCAUGGGGAGGUAAUUCAGAAUUAAUUUACAAAGUAGGUAAAAGGGGCUUCAAAACUUAAAGAACAGGAUUUGCUAGGAAUUGCACAUAUAUUUUAUCCUAUCAUACCUUAAAGAGGUAAAGGGGUAUGUUAGUGAGGAUUUCUGAUAUAAAGCACACACACACACACACACACACACACACACACACACACACACACACACGGACUUCUCUGAAGCAGUGUUUAGUAAAAUAAGCAAAAUUCUCAACUAUGUGAAUGCUAAUUGUUACUACAUAUAGAAAUUUCCUUAUUUUUUUUCCUAUCAGCACAAACUGCUGCUUUCAAGCUUUAUGAUGCCUGAUGGCACCUUACUCAUCCAGCAGCCUCCAGGUGCUUUGAUUUUUGCCCCCAGUCUAAGGCAGUGGCUUCAGCCUUGCCCUCCCUUUACCCACAUCACCUCUCUGGUGAAGCCAAGGCCAGUGUUCCUCACUCCACUGCAUCAGGCACAAAGCUGUUCCUGCGUCUGAGCUUCCGUGCGGAGGACGGUGGGUGGGCGGUCAGCCCUGCUGCUGCGUCCUUCCCCACACACCUGUCAAGCCGUGCAGACAGGUAGCAUUUGCAAGAUGCUACACAGGAGCAGCAUUAUCCCCAAAGAUAUUACAGGGUAGACACAUUUUAAUUGAAAGCAAUUGAGAUAACUCUGUUUAAACAGCACCUUGUUUUGUGUAAUUAAAAUGAAACAUUAAGAUAGUUGAACUGUGUGGCUUGAAGAUUACCAAUGAUUUUGAGGCUUUUCUCUAAUAAAGAGAGGUUCUAACUAUUCUUUGGGAACAAAGUUUUCAUCUCUUCUCAGAUCAAAACUGUUCUGUGAAAUCUUUGUCGUUGAGUUAAAUGUGCCCUAAUUUACCGCUGAUGUUAUUUAUGACUAUGCGCUGGUUCCUGCUCGGCUGUUUGCUGUUGGCUGGUGAUCAUGAGUACAUUUGGUUUAAAUGCUUGUUACUCUGCUGUUAACUGCUGCCAUCAGCAACUCCAAAGAUCUUUUUGUUUUGGCUUUAGGAUCAUAUGUGCUUUGUCUGUAUCAUGAGAGCUCUAUAUGGUCAUGUUAAUUUAAAGCUUUGUAUACACUGUUGUUUUUGCUGGUCUGGUUCUGCUGGUCUGAUCCUUGGUAAUAUGCUGAACCCCACUGCUGCCCUACUCUGCCCUUUAGCUACAGAGCUGGAUUAGCUAUUGACCAUCGGAUGCUUUGUCUGGCAGGGACUGAAUGACCUGAUGGUGGAUUUAGACUCUUCCUGGGGAUUACACAGCUAUGAAUGUAUUUGCUUCCAAAAUUUCCCAAAGUGAAUCUAAUCUUAAAACUAGGAGUUGUAAGUAUUCUGAAAUUGGGAAACAUUUAUUUUAAAUGAAAUCAGGUAGUGUUGCUUUUUAAAGCAUAAUAAAUACAUGUAUCAAAAAAAAAA